AUGUUUCUCCUGAUGGAAAGCGACUGGUCACUGCCGCCGGAGGUGAGCUACAAUUUCCUAAACGAUCCAUUCCUACUCGGACUUCUUGAUAUGGUGGAAUUUGCAGAUGGAUAUGUUAGAAUAUGGUCUACCGAUGCGAUUUACAAUGCAGGCGACCCAGCGUAUGAAGAUAAGCCUAAACAGCUGGCUUCCAUGAGCAAUCACUCUGGAACGAUACAUACCGUUCGAUUCUCGCCAAAUGGAAAAUACCUAGCUUCCGGCGCGGACGACAAGAUAGUUUGUGUAUACACCCAGGAGGCUAAUGCCAAUGCUCACGCAACUGCAUUCGGAUCGAAUGAACCUCCCCCUGUGGAAAACUGGCGUACCAUUCGCCGCUUGAUAGGCCACGAUAACGAUAUUCAAGACUUGGGGUGGUCUUAUGACUCUUCUAUACUGGUCUCAGUGGGGCUUGAUUCAAAAGUUGUUGUAUGGUCAGGCCAUACCUUCGAGAAACUGAAGACUCUCCUGAACCAUCAGAGUCAUGUCAAGGGUAUUACCUUUGACCCGGCAAAUAAAUACUUUGCUACGGCCAGUGAUGACCGCACCGUUCGAAUAUUCCGCUUUAACUCACCUCUCCCCAACUCAUCCGCCCAUGAUCAGACGCAUAAUUUCGUGUUGGAAAAGACUGUUAAAAGUCCAUUUGUCAACUCCCCUCUUACAACAUACUUCCGAAGGUGCUCUUGGUCACCGGAUGGCAACCAUAUAGCUGCUGCAAACGCCGUAAAUGGCCCAGUAAGCGCUGUAGCGAUUAUAAAUCGUGGAUCGUGGGAGAGCGAUAUCAACUUGAUAGGUCAUGAGGCACCUGUGGAAGUUUGUGCAUUUGCACCACGACUUUAUUCCACGCAACCAAUCCAGAAACCUAUGUUAGAUAAUCAUGGGAAUCCUAUCCACAACCUCGUGACUGUUAUUGCUUGCGCUGGAGGCGAUAAGUCGCUAAGUAUUUGGAUCACAAGCAACCCACGGCCGGUAGUCAUAGCACAAGACAUUUCUGUCAAGGCAAUCUCGGAUCUAGCAUGGAGUCCUGAUGGAACUAGCUUGUUUGCAACCGCGCUCGACGGGGCUAUAAUAGCCGUUCGAUUUGAGAAUGCUGAAUUGGGACAUCCAAUGCCCGUCGAGGAAAAUGAGAAGUCACUGUCAAAGUUCGGAACAAACCGACGAGGUGCUGGCAUGGUCGAGUCUACGGACAGUCUACUACUUGAAGAGAAGAGCAAAGCAGGCGAACUCCGCGGGGUUAAGGGCAGAAUGGGCGCAUUGAUGGGGGAUGAACAUACAGACGCUGACCACCCAGUCAAUGGAGAUACUGAAGCCACGGCCACCGUAACCACCACCCAGAAGACGACUCAAAACGAGAAGGCAGCCCAAAGCGGAGCAGCUAACGGGACAGAUUCAAGCAGUGGGAAACAGGACCCUUACGCCGUGAAAUUGGACCGACUAAAGCAAAGACCAACAUAUACCAAGGAGGGAAAGAAGCGCAUUGCACCCCUUCUAGUAUCAGGGGCAGUGGGAACUCAAUCUUCGCUUCCACAGACAAAGCUAGUUGCCGCAUCAAUGAAUACCCAAGGCACAUCAGACGGGCCACAGUCAGUGUUGGACUUGUCGAAACCAUUCGAUCGCCUACCAAAGGGCGGUCUGGCGGCCCUGUUAUUUGGGAAUAGACGUAAAUUCUCUCAGCUAGAGGACGACGAGGAAGGGUCCGCCGAGAAAAGGGUUGCUACAGCAAGAGAUAACGGUGCUAUAUCUAUUCUAUCCAAUACCCCUGAUGGCCUUGUCCCUGCAGUCCCUACUCCGGGUGGACCACAGGAGACUCCCAGCUUCAUCAGGCCUGCAGUGGUCAACCCCUGUAUGGCUAUCAGCCAACUCCGUCUUGCAGUUCCUAAAAUAAGAAGCCAUAUCCUGCAAGGGAUAGAUUCUCUUGGAAACCCCAAGGACGUAUCCGCCAAUACGGACAACUCAAAGGCAAGAGUUGACAUUGUUUUCGAGGCACGCAAUCCAUCCGCAGCAAGUCUAACUGGACGCAGCGCCGAUCGAGAACCCGUUCGGAUCAGCCUUAACCGCGGCGACCAGCCACUGUGGCAAGAUUUCCUGCCGAAAGCCGUUAUACUUGUUACCGGCAACAAAAAGCUUUGGGCAGCGGCGUCUGAAGAUGGCUCUAUAUAUAUAUGGACGCCCGCAGGACGACGCCUUAUCAACGCUCUUGUGCUUGAAUCCCAGGCGGUAGUCCUAGAGUGUAUGGAGUCGUGGGUACUAUGCAUCACCGCUGUAGGAAUGUGUUACGUGUGGAACGUUGCGACACUUUCAUCGCCUCACCCUCCCAUUUCGCUUCAGCCAGUUCUGGAUGCAGCUCUUCAUACAAUGACGGGCCACGCAACCGCCGUUCCGUCGAUAGUCGCGUCACGGAUUAGCUCAGAGGGCAGAAUAAUAAUCGGUCUAUCCAAUGGAGACGGCUACAGCUAUUCUCCGACAUUAUAUACCUGGCAGAGGCUGUCAGAGCCCUGGUGGGCUGUGGCUAGUCAGUACUGGAAUUCCACAGAAGCUCCGGUAGGCAACGUUCAGCUACGAGGUACACAAACAGAAGGCGAAUCUGGAACACCUGUCUCUGCAGGAAUAAUUCCGUUCCUCGAGAGAAACACGACACAGGAGGUCCUUGCACGGGGCCGUGGACACUUCUUACAGCGACUUGUCAAGAUUCUACUGUCUCGCGAAGGUUUUGAGAGCUUCGAAGCUUCUGCUUCCAUAGCGCACCUUGAGAACCGAGUUGCUGCCACCCUAUCUCUUGCUGCAAAGGAGGAGUUCCGUCCGUACCUUUCAAUGUACGCCAAACGACUGGGCGCCGAGGGCGCAAAACUGAAAGCCGAAGAGCUCCUGGAAGAUAUACUCGGCGGUGUCUUCGAGGACAAGGUUACGGAGAAGGAGGAGGCAACCCGGACCCGUCAAGAAGGACAGCCGGAGCAGCGGUCCUGGGAGAACGAGUCAGAUACGCUGUGUGGAUGGCCGCGUCGAACGCUACUCAAAGACGUGAUUCUAGCAUUUGGCAAACACCGUGACCUUCAACGGGUGACUGUACCGUAUGCCCAGCUGCUUGGGAUACUCGACGAGAGCCAGGACGACGACGAUACCAUGGUUUGA